UAUUGCUAUUAUAUCAUAACUGUUUGCAUUUUCAACCAUCAUUAUGAAUCAGUUUUAUCAUGUAAUAUUAAUGGUAAUUAUUGUCAUGUUUAGUCAUUUCAAUGUUGUAUCAGGUGAAUGCCGUACAAUAGGACAAAACUGUUCCAAAACUGUGUUUUCUCCAUGUUGUGAACAAUUAUACUGUGGUCUAAAUACAUUAUUUACUGGUAAAUGUCAUCUAUGCCUUGCAGGUGGAUAUUUCUGUUGGACUAGUCAAGAAUGUUGUUCUGGAAAAUGUAGUUGGCUUAAAUGUACAGAUCCAAUAAAGGAUGUUGUUGAAAAGCUGACUGGUUAGAAAAAAAAAACCCAAUUAUUUUAAGUAGUAUAAACGUUUCUUCAGUUAUUUUACUGAACUUUUCUAUUUAACUUCUAUUAACCUGCAAUUAUCAAUAAUAUAUUAUUCAUUUUAUGUUUUACGAGGGAAUGAAAUACACACUCUUUAAUAGAUAACAUAUGAUUAUGUAUGAAAUUCAAUUUGCUUCUUUAAAUGAUCAUGUAUUGUUGAUUCGUUUUGUUUCUUUUCUUUUCGUUGUAAAAGUUUGUAUGUUAGAAAGCUAAAUACAGAGUUGUUUCCUUAUAUAUUUCCUGUUUGUUUAACUAACUUAUAACAUAAAAUAUUUC